AAAGACAAACGCGGCGAAUUACGGUGCUACGUUGACACACCAGUGUCCACAAUCAGCAUUGUCUCCAAGCAGUAUGAGUCCCGGACUGGUGUUUGUCUUACUGUGCGCACUGGCAUCAGUAACUGCUGCUGAAGAUACGCCUCGGUGUCCUAGGGGAUUCCUUGAGCACGGAUCUUCUUGCUAUUGGUUCUCCAACAUAGAGGGAUCAUUUGCUGAGGCAAGUUCCUACUGCCAGUUCUUUGGGAGUCACCUGGCCAGGAUAACUAGCGAAGAUGAGGACGACUACCUGAGAAGACGUGCAAAUGAAGAAAAGGGCUCUCCAGGCUACUGGCUGGGUGCGACUGAUCUGAUCAAGGAAGGGGAGUUUAUGUGGAAGGGGGGCUCUCCCAUAAACUACCCAAGCUGGAGUCCUGGGCAACCUAACAACAGAAACAAACAGAACGACGAUGAGCAUUGUCUUAUGCUCCAGAAGACAAGUGGCUAUAAGUGGAAUGAUCUUGAUUGUAUUUUAAAGAUAAAGUUCAUCUGUGAAAGGAAAGUGUCCAUGUGUUGCUGCAAAAAACUGAAAUGUACACAAUGACGAAUGAAAUACGAAACCUCCAGAUUGUCCUUUCAACCUUACUUCACAAGUAAUCCAAGAUAACCAGAUCAUAUCUGACUUCACUUUGGCAUAUGUAUACUGUCAUGAGAAAUAAACAUUAAUCUUUCCUAGAUUAACCAAAUGAUU